AUGCCGGAGCUGGCUUCAAAGGGCGCCACCAUUUCCAAGAAGGGCUUUAAGAAAGCCGUAACCAAGACACAGAAGAAAGAGGGCAAGAAGCGCAAGCGCAGCCGCAAGGAGAGCUACUCGAUUUACAUCUACAAGGUGCUCAAGCAGGUGCACCCUGACACUGGCAUCUCCUCCAAGGCCAUGAGCAUCAUGAACUCUUUCGUCAAUGAUAUUUUCGAGCGCAUCGCGGGCGAGGCAUCGCGCCUGGCACAUUACAACAAACGCUCGACCAUAACCUCUCGCGAGAUCCAGACGGCCGUGCGCCUGCUACUGCCCGGCGAGUUGGCCAAGCACGCUGUGUCCGAGGGCACCAAGGCCGUCACCAAGUACACCAGCUCCAAACUAUAA